UGAAAGUGACAAGGGAAACUCAUCCGUUGACAACUUUCAUUUGUUGCGAUAGUGUUCAUGAAUUGUCCCAUAGUCGAAGUGUAGGCGGUUUAUAUCGUAAUCUGAUUUUAAAGCGAGCAUAAAGAGCAAGGUUAGUACUCCAAAGCAAUAAAAGUUGAACCUGCCACUGGGAAGAUGUCAGAACCUUACUAUACACUGAACUUUCCAUACUACAGAUUUGCACUCAGUAUUUCCUUUAUGAUGAAGCUCCUUCUCAUCUUCUACUGUGUUUUUGCUGCCUCGGCUGCUUUUCUUCUGCCACCACUUAUAGAUACUCCUACUCCUUCUUUGCACCUUGACACCUUACUCGGAUUAAAGAAACUUCUACUUGCACCUUGGUUUAGGUUGCCAUCAUUUGGAAGACAGAAAGAAACCUUAUCAAAUAUUUGCGUCUAUUCAAGCGAUCCAGCAAGAUAUAAGCCGAAGUGCUUCCUCUGUCCAAAUAGUGCUUACCCAAAUAUUUUAAGAGCCUGCGUGGAUUCGACUAGCAUACCAUUUAACGUGAGUUAUACUCAAGCAUCUUGCUUGGAGGAAAAUUGUGCGAUAAAUUAUCCCCAAGGAACACGAAGCACUGAUUUUCGAGUAAAAAGGCAGGCUCCAGAAUUUACAAGAAAUAGCUCCUUAGGCUCUGAAACUGUUCCUUCAACAACCAGACCUUCACAAAACUUACUACAAACUGGCGGUAAUGGCUCUGUAUCUGGUGUAACUCAUUCUCCUGUUUCUACAACUUCAUUCCUUCAACAUCAUGAGGAAACUACUGAGAACAAAGACACAAGAGACCUACCAGUGGGUGAAACUUCAAGCCAUGCUGAAACGCUAGACGAGACACCAGUUUUGCAAGGCCUUGGAGAUGACGACACUGGUGAAGAAAUUGCGAGCGUGGAUGAAGACCCUUCUGAAUCUGUAGUGGAGGAAACUGUGCUCAUCAAUGGUAGAGAGUACAGAAUAACUCGUCAUGAAGUUGUAUUUGCUGUAGCAGAAGCUUUUGAUGAUUUCUGAAAACAGAUUUUUAUCAUCAGCCGAAACUUCCAUGAAUAUGUAUAAUUCAGUUAAAUGAUUAUUUUACAUUUUGUAUCUUUAAUAAUCGAAGUUUCACGGAACAGAAAUAAAUGUUGCGUGUUCAAUAUUAUGUUUCUUCUUUGGCAACUUUUCAGGAAUUCUUAAUAUUAACUGAAUAUCUAACAAAAUGUCUAUAAACUACUUAUGGUUUUACUCCUAUUUGGACUACACAGUGACUACAUAAUUUUGUUUUAUGUAAGACAGGCUUGAUUUCUAUUAUAAGGUUAAAUCCAAUUCGAUUUGUGAUUAAAUACUGGUCUAACCUUCUA